UGUAUUAAUUUUUAUUUGAUAGAUUUUCAUGUUUCUCCAUAUCAAUAUAAAUCGAAUUAUUUAUGGCGCAGAGCAAUACUUUGUCGCUUUCCUGUAUCUUUCUGCGUCAUGACGAGUAUGUGAAUAACGAUUAUAUGGAUUAUAACAUGCGUUAACAUUGCGGCUAUAUUGCAGAUAUUGAUUGGCGAUGUAAAAGAUAUUUUCAUUUUCAUCGAAUCGUCUCACCGCGAUUCCUCGUAAUCCUCGUACCGAUGUCCUUCCUUUUGGGUGUUUCGCCCGGAGUGGAAUGGCUCUUUAACAUACUUUGUCUCUUAUCUCGCGACGCUCCGUUACCAAGUGUGUUCCCAUCGCUCCAGAUAGCGCCACACCGAUCGGUUGUGCGACUCUUACGCGGCUCGAUGGUCGAGAUUGUCGAGAAUCCUGUUCCCACCACUUCCAUAGUUGGUGAUCUUUGCGGCAUAAUGUCCGUACCGCGUACGGCGUGUGCGCGGCUGGACGCGGUAUGGCUCGGUGGAGCUAGUGUUAGUACGCAUCAUCGUGGCAUGGUGGAGGCGAUGUUAUCCGCGGUGCAGCUUUUGCCGAUGGUCCGGUUGACGCGCGACAACGUCGUGUGAAGCUCUUCUUGACGCCGAGGAUUUCUUAUUUAGUUUGUAAGAGGUAAGGCGGUUCCCUGUUGUCUUAUCCUUUCCCUCAGUCUCUUCCUCUUGGACUUCUCACCUCGCGCGUGCACAUGCAUGUACAUGCGUCGUGCUGCCGAGUGUGUCAAUCCGACGAUGACGGUGGCAGUAGUGUUGGUGGUGGUAGUAGUAGCAGCGUUAGGUACUAGUAGUGGUGGCGGUGCGGUGGAAGUCUGGAGUAUCGACUAGGAACGCGCCGGGCUAAUAUUAGAAUUUCGACUAAAGAUAUCUGCAGUUCAUCUCCCGCCACCAGGCCCUAAUUUUGGGUCUUCUUUUGCGCGGAACAUCUUCCUUUUUUUUUCCCUUGGGACGAACGUCCAAUAUAAGCAGAUAAGAAUAUCUUCGCAUCGUAUACUCCAAUGCACGACCUCAAAAAUAUGUCACAACGAUAGGUGUCGUGUACUUCGAUCGAUUAGAAAAGAGACUUGAUUGACGUUUGUUGUUAUUUAAUUUUAUCACUCGCUCUCUUUUACUUACUUUUUCUGUCUUGUUCUUUUCCUAAUAUUUUUUAUUUUAUUCGUGUCUUUUAUCAUUAUUGCUCAUUUUCUCCCCUUUUCGUUCUUAAUGAUCGUUCUUUUAAUGGAGCACUCUCUUCUAUUAAUUGACUUUAUACAGAUUACAGAUUAAAUUUACCUAUCCAUGAUUUUUUUACAUACUAUAUGUAAUUAUUUU